AUGAGCAGCCGCGAGGGCGAGUGGACGCGCGUGAAAGACGCGCAUGGGCGCUACUUCUACGUGAAUCACGUGACACGAGAGACCUCAUGGCACCUACCAACCGAAGAUCCACUGCCACAGGGCUGGGAAGAGCUCAUUGAUGGCCAAGGUCGCGUGUACUUUGUCGACCACAAUGCACGUACUACGACAUGGAUGGAUCCGCGUGUGGCGGCCGCUAGACGUCGCACAAGGGGUCAAUCGGUGGCUUCCGGUCGACUUCCAUCACGCCAAAACAAUCCUUCGCUCACUUCUGCCAACGAAGCGAUGGAAAAGGAACAGUCGCCGACUUACGAGGACCCGCGACGAGCUUCAGGAGGCAGUGCCGGUGGUAGUGGCACUGCAAGCAAUGGAUACAUGCGCCCGAGUUACAACGCAAGCAGCAAUAACAACUUAUCAACCGGAUCUCUAGCGUCUUCUGCUAUUUCGAGGGGUACAAAGGAUCACGGCAGUAGGGCAAGCACAUCGACACUGUUGGAGAAGUACCUGGACGAGACAAGUUUAGAGGCAACAGCAGUGAAGCAAGUUACUACAUCCACGACUGUACCUGUCGAUCUAGAGAAGCAACUUCCAUCGCAUUUGAAGGAGCAGUCCAAGGAUACGGGUGAUCAUACGCUGGAUAAGGUUGAGAAAGAAGAGAGCGAUUAUGAAGACAUGGGAGAGGCUACUGACAUGUUCUUACCUCCCGAGGCGGUGGUGGUAGAUAUGGAAGAACCAGUUGCUGAUGCACAGCUGGAGAGAUCAGUGUCGUUGCGAACGGAGAGUAGGACCAGAAAAGACGUGCCGAACGAGGAGAUUGGCAUGCAACAGCUGUUGAGCAUGUCGAACGUCUCAAACUUGGGGCAGGACAGCAGCUUUGCCUCAGCUGAUGUUCAUGUGGUAUUGCGACGCUACUUUGCACCAAUUUUUGUGCGAGACGAUGAUUCGCCGGCAUGUAAACACUGUGGCGUACGUUUUGGCACCUUCAGGCGGCGUCAUCAUUGCCGCCUCUGCGGCAACGUGUACUGCGCCGACUGCACGACGAACAAGGUGAAGCUUCCGAUUGAAGCCGAAACUUACGAAAAGGAGCAACCUGUGUGCACGCGGUGCUUCCGGAACGUGAAAGCUGGUGAUUUCUUCAGUAUUGUGGGGCUGCGCCACAAAGUGGACGAUCCGACCUCGACAGUCGACGACAAAGUAGAACAGGUUAUGCAGCUUGCACUGGCGCUGUCUGCAGGGCGACCGGAGACUGACGGAAACAUGGGACUGCAUCGCGUCGCCCAGCUCAACGAUGUAGAGGCCGCUGGAGGUGUAGCUUCUUUCUGUCAGCUGCUGAAUACUGACGUGGAGCCUCUGCAGCAAGCAGCAUUAGAGAUGUUGGCGAAUCUCGUUGAGCUCGAAAACAAUGCUGGCAACGAAAUUUCUACUGGUGAAGCUUUUGCACAGUCAGGAGCGUGCGCACAAGUGGUGAAAAUAUUGGAGAAUUGGGGAAUGGAGCAGCAGCUGGGUCACAGUCCUGGCCCGGAGGCGGAAAGCAUGGCACUUCGUCUCGUUUACCACAUUUGCCAGUCGACUGCAUGCCAGGCUUCUCUACGCACGGCGGGUGGAGGCACACAUUUGCUUAAGCUUCUAUCUGUUGACUCGUCGUCGUCGUUAAAAAUGCGAGUGCAAGCUGCGCGUUGUCUAAACCGUUUUGUGCAGAAAAAUGCUGAGAACAUUACCGAAAUGAUUCAGAAUAAGGGCAUAGCUUUGUUGUGUACUGUGCUGAAAGAUUUUAUCAAGCUGCGCAGAGAUGGUAGCCUAGGCACUAGCGGUAUUGACGUGCGCGACGAGUCGUACGAAGUUGCCAUUGAGGCUAUAUUAAGCACGAUUUGCGAAUGUAUUCACUUUGUGGAUAAUGGAGCUUCACAGGUGCAACGCGGCGUACAGCAGAUUCCUGCAGACAGCAUCCACUCAUUUGUGACUGCUCUGCAAAAGGGCGGGCGCGUAAACCGCAUGUUAGCGUCGCAAGUUUUGAUUCAGGUAUCAAAGGAGCCAUCGUUGAUUACUUUUCUGGCAGAGGAAAAAGUAUUCAUCAAAGAAGUUAUGUGGAUGCUGGACAGCGACGACGACUUCACGAUCGCGUCAGAGAUUCUAUGUGGUCUCUGCUCGACGAUGCCGAAGCAAUCUUCGAACAAUGCUGUUUCCGGUCAAAAAGCUGAUGAUGUACACAAGCAGGUGCUUAAGGUCAUUUACGACCUGGAAGUGUUUAAUUUGGUGCUGAAGAAGCUAAACGCGUGCGUCACUGGUGAGAAGCAGCUCGUGGGUGAGAUCACGUUUCAAAGGAAUUUGCUAAGCAUUACGAUGAGUUAUAGCGCCGAUUCGGCAGCGUAUGUGGACUACAUUUGCUCGCGUGAUUGCGUGCCCACGCUUUCCGCGUUCUUGCUUUCGCGCAAAGAACGCCUAAUCCCGUUAUGCGCACAGACUUUGAUGAACCUGUGUGAGUCUAACCCUAGCAUCUUUGACGAGCUUUAUGACCGAAACGUGUCAGACUUGUUCCACAAGUUGCUGCAAACGCCUCCGGACGAAAACCGGUUGUCAGCCCUUCGUUAUUUCCGGGCACUUGUUGAUAAUGAGCGUCCAUUUACAGUAGGCGUCCUUGACACGCUUUUUCUCAUGGCGUCCCGACGAGACGAGGUACUGAAGGGAGGCAGUUUGGAUGUGCUUGCUCGCUUGAGUGGCGUGAAGUUGAUUACUGCUAUGUUGGAUCCUCUGGAUGAUCUUUCGACCGCUAAGGUUGGCGGGAUGGUGCAGAAACUUCAGGAGCACGUUGUUAGUGCGGCCUAUUUCCCUGUUUUGACGACAAUCGCGUGCUCUUCAGGCGAUAGCGAUAUGCGUAACGACGCAAUCAAAUGCCUUACCUGUGCCGUCAGUGGCGGUGAGGAGCUUGUCGAACGCAUGCUUGAUCAAGAAGAGCUCCAUACGUUCUGGAAGGGACUACGUCGCUGGAUGGACGUACCUGAAACUAAACUUACUCCUAUAGAGACGCAGUUAAAUGAGGCACUGUUGCAGCUUUUGUACCUCGUGCUGAAAGCGGCUCCUGCACGUAUUGCUCGUAUGGGAAAGGACGAAGUUACGAAUCUCGUGACCAUCGUGACAGAAUUUGUCGUUUCGCAGCCUAGUCGGGUAGUCACGGGCUUUCGCAUAACCAGGUUUCUCAUCGAGUGUGACAUCUGGAAGGACUCGUUUGUGGCGUUGUAUGCUGUAAAAUCAACCAAGACUGGGCUGAAGUUUUUGCAGGCCGUUAUGGACGGUAUCGAUCAACCUGGUGCGACAGCACAAGAAGGUAGUGAAAACGACCUGUUUAAUGAUUCUGUUACCAUCCUGAAAGAAUUGAUCACAGACUUACAAGAAUUCGGGGAAGGUGACGAAUAUGGCAGCGUUACGCCGGCAAACGACGCUAUCAUUAACUCGGUUACUAGUGCCGGCGUUCAUGUCUUUUUGCUUGAGCUGCUCCGAAAAUUCGGUGCAAAGGGGAGCAUAAGAAAGACUGAAUGUGAAGUGGAGGUGGCGGACGAGACGGUAGCUGAAGAAAGUCAUGAAUACGUUGAGACUCAAGUUCUUGAGCUUCUAGCUAGGCUGGUGCGCUCACGUCAAAUUUGUUUGCUUAUUUUGGAGGCCGGUGAAGCACUGGAUGCCUUAGUGACUGCGUAUGAAGCCACAACAGACGAUUACGCAGCCUCGACACCUACUCGAAAGCUGGUGGCCCAGGAUCUUGGGAACAUCCUCAUUCAAUUAUCCAGUGACCCCUUAGAAUUUCGCAAGAUGUUGUAUGACCACCGAGCAGUUUUACCUCACGCAAUCAUGAGCAAUGUUCUUUCUACCACUGUCGAGGUUGCUAAAACAGCCGAAGAAAUCGUCCUUAAUCUCGUCGAAUCAGAUUUCGCUACUUGCCCGCUGUGGCUUGAUCUGAUCGAAAAGGCUAAUGUGCGCUUGGUAUUCCGUGUUGUGGUAGUGUCGAAGCAACCGUCAGUGCAGGUCACGGCUGCUCGCAAGCUUAUUGACAUCGUGUUCUCGCACCCUGACAUCCUUGAUGAUGAAGAAUUUGGUCUAUCGACGGACGAGAAGACCACGCUGGUCUCAAUGUUGAUCAAUUUUUUUGUCGACUUCGAUCCGCGCACAUCCGUUGUAGGCGUUCUUGCUCUGACACUGCUUCUUAAGAAUGGUCAACCACUUAAUGCGGAGCAAAUGGAAAGAGUUGCUGUUGAGGGCGCCGUAUCAUUGGUUUACUGGAUGCAAAGGGGUACGGAACGGCAACAAGAGAAUGCCGUAAAACUUCUGCACGAUGGAGUCACGGACCCUGCCAUCUUGAAUAAGUUUUACGAGCAACUGCAAGCGCCUUUGGUCCAGCGUGAGACCGCGUUCCUGUUGGAGUUGGGACAACAACUGCUCGAUGUUGAGAUUAAGACAAAUUCAGAUGGGCUGUUUAAGCGAUGCAGGUUAAUGCAAGGGCUUCUUAAGGUCAUCGAUUUUGAUGCGCUGCCGAGCGAUUGUAUGGAGAUCAUUGAGGAGGUGUCUGCGUAUCUGUUGCAUUUGGCAGACGAGGAAAACGAGAAACUCGGGCACGCAAAUGAGGAGGUAGAAGAGAAGACGCUACGGGAGAAGUUUUUGCUGGUCAUUACUCGAUUUCUGUCCGUGCUGGUCCAGUCAAGAACAUUUCACUCUACGCUUGUGCACCAAGGCGCAAUCGAAAAGCUGACUUCUGUGGUUAACAAACAAAAGAAUGUUGCGGAGCCGUUACGUGAAGUGGUGGAUAACACGCGCCGACUGCUGAGAAAGCUCUGUGUAUGCGAAGUUCCUCGGCUUGUAGCUUGCAAUGGCGUGGAUAUUCUACUGGAAACCGUGAUGAAGUAUGACGAGAACGAUGCUGAGCCAGACUCAGAGCGUGUGGCCGAAAUGCUGGAGACUUUCAACGCCGUCGUGGAGUGUGGGGUAGCUGGCAGAAGUGCUUUGAUGGAGACGGAUAACUUCUUUUCUAGUCUGGCGCGGGGCUAUAAAAUUGUUUGCGGGGACAUAAGCGAAGAUGAAGCAGUGCUGACAGCAAAGUUGCUAGAUACUGAUCCUGACGGCCAUAUUGUGGGCUUGGACAUUGCAUGCGGCCUCUGUUUGUUAGUUUUCCUUUUUGGUCGUGGAGGCGCUUAUCGCGAACGAGUCUUUCAGGAGACUUUGCUUCUGAAGUAUAUCGUGGCAAUAAUGGAUUGGUUCCCCUCUAUCUUUUCACUCGACGAAGAGCUCGUGGCUACAGAGCUCAAGGCAAAGUUUUGCUUGAUCUUUGCAUCUGGACUUCCCUUUUUAAAAACAGGUGUCACGUUUGCCGGACGAUCGUUUCUAAGACCGGAAGACAAGGGGGCGUUUAUUAAAAGCACGAUGAGCGUGUAUGCUAAAACGCUAACGACCUUUGGAGAUGGCCACCAUUCUGCUGAACUCUUCUGUGCUUCAUGUGAAGGGCUGAAAAGCUUAUUUCACAGCAAUAGUGCGGGAGCUGUACUGGGUGACGAUGGGCUGAAAGAACUUGAGACUUUAUUGAGAGAGCAGAUGUUUCGGUCGCUGAAGACGAGCACUUACUCGGUGGAGUGUGUUGUGGCUCUUUCAGAAGCUGCAGCUGAUGUGCUGUUUGCUCAGUCUGUAUUGUGCGACGAUCAGCUUGUAGAGAAAGAGCCGGUACGAAGCUCAUGGCUUGUGGCUGGUGUGCUGCAUGCGUUUUUCAACUGGGAAUCCCUCGGAGACGACUUGGAUGUGUCGAUACUUUUUACACUACUGCAGCAAUUUUGCUCAUCUUCUGAGAUCCGCAACUUCUUGUACGACCAUAUCGAUUACGCCAAGCUGGUAGAUAUCAUGGUCAUGUUUGCGCGAGACAGCAAGUGGCGACGCUGGCGCAAGUAUGUGCUAAACACGCUGAUGUUGCUAGGGGAAGAAGACGCGUUAGAACAAGCGACACAAGCUGGUUUGUUAGAACCUAUGCCCAUGCAAACCUCGACAUUGAGCUUAUGCCGAGACAACGAGCUAUCCACGUGCGCCCUGCGCUGCUUCCACUGCCGUGACGUGGUGGAUGCUCCUAUGCAGACCAAUCUAUGUAUGUCGCCUUGUCCCCACUGCCAGAAGGCAAUAGCAGUUGCAUCCGAUAACUCUCCAACAGCAGUCGAAGCGGUUGCUUCUGUCGUGAAGAAUAAGAGCACCACCAACGGUGGAGCCUUGCGCAGAGUGUUGCCUGCUGAAGAUCAUGAAUUUGUCUGUGUCAACUGCAGCAACGUGCUAGAGCUUCCGGAUGGCCUCGACCCAUCGGAGAUCGUGUGUCCGCACUGCCUACAGCUUGCCUCUGUGAAGAAGACUAGCCAGUCAAUGACCUCUGCACUAAGCAGAGAGAGGAAGCGAUCGUCAGGGUCGUCGGUGCGGUCGGUGGAAUCAGGUGGGAGUCUGUCAAAGGACUCCUCAUCGUCCGGUAUCGAUGUCCGGGAUACGAAGGUUGUGAGUUGUGGCCACUGCGGCAAACACUUGAUUGUGAAAAAUGGCGCAUCGGCCGUCAAGUGUCCGUCGUGCCAUGGAGUAUCCAAGCUGUCCACAACGACUACGCAAGAGAUGAUGCGAUGCAAGAACUGCAACACAUUGCUAAGCCUGCCGGCGGGUGCUAGAGCGUAUAAGUGUAUGAAAUGUCUGCAGACUACACGACUAUCGUAG